AUGGCUGCUUGCCCAGAGGAGGGUAUCUGCCCCAUCUGCCUGGAACCCCUGAAGGAAGCUGUGAGCACCGACUGCAAACACCUCUUCUGUCGAGUGUGCCUGACUCACCAUGUGGAGGCCUCGACGUCCAGGGUCCUCUGCUGCCCCCUCUGCCGGAAGCCCUGUUCUGAGGACGUGCUGGGUGAAGGUUACAUCUGUCCCCAUCACCAGAAAAGGGUAUGCAGGUUCUGUGAGGAGACAGGAAGCCUGCUGUGUGUGGACUGCCUGGAGUUACCUGAACAUCAGUCCCAUCUCAAGCCAACCAUUAAACAUGCCAUCAGCCACUAUAAGAAAAGACUCAACCGCCGGAGCAAGAAGCUUAGAAAAAACCUGGGAGAACUUGAGCGGCUGAAGGUGCAGGAGGAGGAGAAGCUGCAGGCUCUGCAGCAGCAGCUGGGCCAGCUGGAAGACAUGCCAGCAGAGGCAGCCAGAUACCUUUACCUCUCCAAGGCGGUCAUCCAGCUUGCCAAUCUGGUCACAGAUAUAGAGAAGACGUCCAAGGAACUGGAUGCCACUACACUGAAGAAUGUCUGUGACUUACUGAAAAGGAGUGCUCCACAGAAUUUAGAUGGACUGCUCUCUCACCUUUCUCCCACCGGUCCAGCCCCCCAUUAG